AUGUCGGACGAUCAGCCCCGCAGGCGACGUCGAUCGUCAAUCUCCGAGCACAUCCAUCGUGAACGUCAUAGCUACAGUUUCACGGGUGACGGUCAACUUGAGCCGUCCGAUUCAAAUUCGGUAUGGCACAAAGAAGCUCUGAGCAAUGGUCCCAAGCUAGACAACAUCAAGCAUGCGAAACCAUCUCUGCACGAGGAGACGGGACCCAGCUCUUUCACCCACUCGACCCCACAUUCUCGGAUGCCAUCGACAAGCACUCCAGGAUCGAGUCCGUCGGUUAUGCCGGUUGUCUCCAAAGACGAUGAUGUCGCAUCCCAGAAAAUAGCAUUACGACCAGUCAGUGGUACUGGUGGAAUCAGUGAUGUCGAAGGAGCAAGAGACAAAAUCUGUAGCUCCCCAACCUGGCACAAAGACACAACCCGCAAAGAGAAGCGAGUCACCAAGCGAUUGGAGGCUGAAAGAAAGGAGCUAGAAAAGCGUCUCCAGAAACUGGAAGAGGCCCAGACCAGGCUGGACAAUGGCAUUUUUGAGAGAAACUCUCGUCGUCUCACCAAGAAGCAACCCCUGGGUAGUUCCAGUCGGUCUUCCAGUGCCAAUGCCGACCGGCCACAGUCAGCCGGCGCCUUCACGGCCUUCUUCUCGGGCUCGAGGCGAUCAUCUCGAUCGCGUGCAAACUCUGUGGAUGGGGAUGACCAUGCACACCAGUCUGCUGACACCAAUCUAAAUAAAGAGGAGACACCAGCAAGUUCAGGGCCUCCCUUCCUCCCUCUGACUUUGCCUGAACGCUUUGGGACUGCCAUAUCCCGAGAAUUAGCGUCGAAACAUGGUACCUCGCUGAUAUUGUCGGGUCAGCUGCAACGGCCUCUUCACACGACGACAAAAUCCGAUGACCUCCGAGAAAGUUGGAAGACGGCAGAGGCCUGGCAGAGGAAGAAUGGCGGAUAUGACGCGGAUGAGAAGGUGUUUCGACUGCGGAGCAGCAAUGCCCGGAGUUUGUUCCCCACGGAGAAAGCGUUUCAGAAAAGCGAGUCAUUGCUUAAACCCAAGUCAAUGGAUGCUUCAACAGACCUGGACCGAGAAUUGUUUACUGCUGCUCUCAAGCAUGAAAAUAGGGACCCGGCACCGACGGGAAAUUCGGUUGAUACUCCAGGUCUACAGAACAAUCCUAGCGUCUGGGCUACGUUGCCAUCAUCGAGAGAUACCACACAGUCCGAUACUCAUUCGCCAGAACCCGCGGAUCAGCUGCCCGCCAGGGCCACGGCGCGCAAGUUGCAUGGCACUGUUUUUCUAGAGGGUGCCCCGAAAGCAUCUCAGGUGCCUACGGCUAUACCAAUACAAGGAAACUCAACUGGAAACUUGCCCAAGAAAGCUCAGGCGGAUCCUAGCCCGCACUAUCACCAGAAAACAUACAAAUCCUCCCCGCUUGCGGCUAAUCCCACCACGACUGAUGAAUUCGAUCAGAAGGAGACCACGAUCCCCAAAGUCUCCUCGACUCAAAACUCUGUUCCUGCAAAAGUGUUGCAUCCAUCGCGGUUCUUGAAUCAAUAUCGGUUUGAGGAACCCCGAGGGCGAAGUCGAUUGCCUGUGGUAUCCACCGACGCUUUUGAGACCGCUCAAAAUCAACCAAGAGAGAUAAACCACCAUGACCAUCAGCAGUCAUCAAGUGGGCCACCACAGCUUCCAGUCAAGAGCGGUAGAAGGUCCCAGGAAAACUGGCCACAACCGAAACUCCAGCAAAAGCCAACAGAGACCAAAAUCCCCGCCUCUCUGAUGCCCUUUUCUCCCAAGCCUUUCGUCGGAUAUACGAGCCUUCCAGAGAAUACCACCCGAGAGUUGAGAUAUAUGCGGCCCCGGUCUACAGCACCCAGCUAUCCUCAAGAGCCUUCCAGUCACCUACAUCAGUUUGCAAAUGAACUGCCUGGAAAUAAACCGUUUCCCCGGGGUAUGAACGGACCGCGGCACAGCCGUUCCUCGUCACGAAACUCGUCUCCAGACGAAUUCUCGAAUUACGACACUGCCGAUGAGGAAACGCCCAGCUCUUCCGAAGCCCAUUCUGGCAAUCCACCACCUCAACCUUCGGGUAUCCCGUCUUCUACUCCUAUUUUUGAGGCCCCUGCCGCGGCCGAACUGGCCAUCAGUCAAGUCAAACCUCGUGGCAACAUGCCCACCCGACCUGGGCCAAUGAACACACUGAAAAGGAAGCCUCUUGAGAGAGUGAAAGUCCACCAAAAGGAUCAAAUGGUUGCCAAGGUCUUUGUCAUCUGCUGCCGCUGUCGAUACUGGCACGACAUGCCAUCGGAGGUAUAUGCUAAACUAGCAUGUCCGGAGCGGCUUCCUACAGAGCCCCGACUCGGCCGACCUACCCCGAAGCAAAACCCACUCAUUUCCCCAGAAGCUGACCCGCGGAUUAUGCCUGCGUCCCAGAGGAGGCGCGCUUUAGGCAACGUGCCAGCAACUCGAAGCGCCGCAACGGCUGAUACGCGCUCUGCUCCUCUCUACCAUCCUUCUUAUGUGCAAUGCUGCUGGUGUGGACAUCGUAUGAGCCGGUUGUGCUGCCAAGGAUGGACUACCGUUGUCCAGAUGCGCGAGAGACAUCAUUGA